AGGAAUAUUUUCUGGAGUUGCCAUGCCAUGGACACAGAAAGCCAGGAGACCAGUGGCAGAGUCAAGAACAUGAAGAAGAGAAUUAAAAAUUUGGGUGAGAAAAUGAAGAGAUUGCCAGGAUUGACAUGGAAGACAGUUUGGAAGGUCGGCCGAGACAAUCCGAGGAGGGUGAUUCACUCAUUGAAAGUUGGUUUGUCAUUGACACUGGUUUCAUUGUUGUAUCUAAUGGAGCCAUUGUUCAAAGGUGUUGGAGAGAAUGCCAUUUGGGCUGUCAUGACUGUGGUUGUAGUCCUUGAGUUCACUGCAGGAGCAACAUUAUGCAAAGGAUUGAACAGAGGAAUAGGAACACUUUUAGCGGGAUUGUUGGCAUUGUUGAUCGAGUAUGUUGCAGAAAAGUCUGGUCGGGUGUUCCGAGCUAUAUUCAUUGGAGCUGCAGUUUUUCUCAUUGGAAGUGCAUCAACAUACACAAGAUUCAUACCCUACAUAAAGAAGAACUAUGACUAUGGGGUUAUGAUAUUUCUGUUGACAUUCAAUUUGAUCACAGUGUCAAGCUACAGAGUUGAAAAUGUGUUGAAGAUGGCUCAAGAGCGAUUUUACACAAUUGCCAUUGGUUGCAGUAUUUGCCUUUUUAUGGCUGUCUUAGUUUUCCCAAAAUGGUCUGGGGAAGACCUCCAUAAUUCCACUGUCUCCAAGCUUGAAGGUUUAGCUAAAUCAAUUCAAGCUUGUGUGAAUGAAUAUUUUAGUGAUGAGGAGGAGACAGAAGAAAGCAGAGAAAAAUCAUCAUCAUCAUCAGAAGAUCUAAUUUACAAGGGUUACAAGGCAGUAUUGGAAUCUAAAUCUAAUGAUGAGACUCUGGCAAUGCAUGCAAGCUGGGAGCCAAGGCACUCAAGACAUUGUAGGUAUCCAUGGCAGCAAUAUGUCAAAUUGGGAUCUGCUCUUCGCCAUUUUGGAUACUCAAUUGUUGCUCUUCAUGGUUGUUUGCAAACUGAGAUUCAGACACCAAGAACAGUCCGAGCCCUCUUCAAAGACCCAUGCAUUCGCCUUGCAGCAGAAGUAUCAAAAGCCCUUCUAGAACUUUCUCAAAGCAUAAGUAACCGCCGCCAAUGGUCGCCGGAGAUCCUCUCCGACCACCUUCACCAGGCCUUGCAAGACCUCAACACCGCCCUCAAAUCCCAACCACGUCUCUUCCUCGGCCGAACCACCACCACCUCCUCCACCAUGCUAGCCCUAGCAGCUGCCACAGCCAGUCAAAAAUACGACAAGGACUUCGGGGUCUCCUUAUCGAGCGUGAAAACCAACACGUCAGCAUUGUUAAGCAGAACUUCUGAGAAGGAGAUGAAGGUUUUGAGGCCGACGUUGAGUAGGAGUGCUAUCACUACUAGCCUUGAGUUCUCAGAAGCGCUUCCUUUUGCUGCUUUUGCUUCUUUGCUUGUGGAGGUAGUGGCUAGGCUUGAGCUUGUUAUUGAGGAGGUUGAAGAGUUGGGGAGGGUAGCUUGCUUUAAAGAGUUCAAACAUGAUGAUGAAGUUGUGGUCGUCACUCGUGAGAGACCUAAAAUGGAGAACUUGGCUUCCCAUGGAUUAGAUUAGCAUGGGGGAGGUCUAGAAUCUAAAUAUAUACUUCUAUAUUUAUUCCACAAUAAUAUUUGGUAGGUCGAAUUUUCAUGAUCCGAAUGACUCGAAUGUCUUAAAACGUUCUUGUUUUGAUACAUUUGGACCACACAAAUUUGAGUUACCAAAUAUUUUUCUUUAUUCUAUUUUCUUUAUUUCUGUUUUCAGUUAUAAUAGGAGGGGGAAUAGAAGAGGAAUAAGACUCGAAUUCAAACUUUACGUUUGUAACGAGAACACCAUGUUACUCUUUAUGUUGAUGGUU